GACGAUAUGUGCUAGGUUGGCGCUGAACUUGGUGGCACCGCUCAAGGUCACCCGUCCGUGGAAGGCACGCCGAGGAAGACGGCAGGCGAUGUAGGACCACAAUCAAGGAGGGGCUAUCUGAACCAGCUGGUGGAAGCAACGACAUUGGAUAAUGGCAAUCAAGUGGCGAAUGUUGCCUUCGUGAAGACGCAUAAAACGGCAUCGACGACGGUAGCAUCUAUCAUGUACCGGUACGCUGCACGUCACCACCUCGAGCUGUCAUAUUUCGGUGGAUCUUCGGUCACCAAUCUGCGCUCGGCCGCGAAUGAGACGAAACAAAAUGGGCAGCGUGUGGACCUUAUGCAUUAUCACAUCUCCCCAAGAGGCCAGUACAUGGGCACCUGGAAUGAGGCGGUGACGCACUACCGAGUCAUCAUGCGGAAUCCUGACGACAUCAACUUCAUCACGGUGCUUCGUGAGCCUCGCUCGCACCUCCUUAGCUACUACUACUACUUCCUUCAGCCGCUACAUCAGCAAUCUAUCGAGGAGUUCUUGCUCUCUGGUCACCGCAACAACAACGAGCACAGGAUGCUUUACAACCCACUCUCCGCAGAGUUUGGGGUGCGAACCGCAGAAGAGAUGGACAGCUUCAUCAGCAGUGCCCUCCCAGACUUCAAGCUGGUGUUGCUGGCAGAGCGGCUGGACGAAGGUCUGUUAACCCUUGGGCGAAUGCUACACUGGCACAUGAUUGAUCUAACAUAUUGCGACCUGAACGAGACCAAGGAAGGAUCACGACGAUGGGACGGCAAGACGGUUGUCACCAGGCCCCAGUUCGACAGUCUCCCAAAGCAGGUGCGAAACAAAAUCGAUGACCUCACGAGAUUAGAUCGAGUCCUGUACGAAGCGGGCAAGAACGAAUUCGAAAAGCGGAUGGCACCGUACGCCAGCUCGGUUCAAGAGGAUAUUCCGCAGUUUCAGGAGCUCCAGGGCGUCAUCAAGGAGUACCUGAACGGGAACUCCUCGAGCCUGGCAUACCAGAUGUAUCUAAACGUGCACAUCUACAAGAAGCGGCUCGACAACUACCUAUUCUAGACGCGCCACAGCAGUAGCUUGAAGCACCGUACUUUGCGCUGCUGAGUUCACCGGAGCAUAUAUGCAAAAAGAGCCGUUGACGCGAACAAUUGCUGCCUUUCACUUGGUGGUUCAAUACAGACACGUGCUCCAUUCCUACAUUGUAACAUUAUGUGGUGCUAUUCCGCACACUGGUGGUGCAUUACCCGCACGGAACCCUGGGAACGUGGUGGCAAGGAGACCCCCCAGUGAUUUCGAUUGGCAAGGGUAAGUCUUGAGGACGUC